UUACUGAAACCAUGAAUCCUGUCUAUAGCCCUGGAUCUUCUGGGGUUCCCUAUGCAAAUGCCAAAGGAAUUGGUUAUCCAGCUGGCUUCCCAAUGGGCUAUGCAGCGGCUGCUCCUGCCUAUUCACCUAAUAUGUAUCCUGGAGCAAAUCCUACCUUCCAAACAGGUUACACACCAGGCACACCAUAUAAAGUAUCUUGUUCACCUACCAGCGGUGCAGUGCCCCCUUACUCUUCAUCACCCAAUCCCUACCAGACUGCUGUGUAUCCGGUUCGAAGUGCCUAUCCACAGCAGAAUCCAUAUGCACAGCAAGGCACUUACUACACACAGCCUUUAUAUGCAGCACCACCCCACGUAAUCCAUCACACCACAGUUGUGCAGCCUAAUGGCAUGCCAGCAACCAUGUACCCUGCUCCAAUUCCACCACCAAGAGGAAAUGGUGUGACUAUGGGAAUGGUGGCUGGGACUACUAUGGCAAUGUCAGCAGGUACUUUGUUGACCACUCAUUCCCCAACUCCAGUUGCUCCUCAUCCAGUUACUAUGCCCACAUAUCGGGCUCCAGGAACACCAACCUAUAGCUAUGUGCCCCCACAGUGGUGAUCAUCCUGGCAGUGUUUGAAGAUGGGAGAUAUGCAAUCAAGUAAUUGAGGUUUAAAAGUUGGUGCUGAAGCCCUCAUGCCUCCAACCAGGACUUUCUUCUGAAUGCUUUCAACACUUUGCUAAACACUACUAAUUCCUGAUCACUGAAGAUUUUCCAGUGCUGCAUAUCUUACAUCUUGGAACUCCAGCAGUUAGUCUUAAAGCAAAUCUUGUUUUGUGGACUGUCUUGCAGUUUUUUAGCUAAUUAUAAUGAUAAAAAGGGAGCAUAAAUUUAUUCUGAUCCAUAUCUAGUUGAAUGCAUGUUUAAAAAAAACCCACAAGAAACAAAGCUUGCUCAAUCUACCUGCAGUGACUGAUGCAAAAACCAUCAUAUGCAAAUCCAAAGGAACCGAAAAGUAUUUUACAACUUGUAUCACUAAUGCACUGUUGUAAUGUAUGCAGGGUCUUCAAGGUAGAAUCGUGAAAGUGAAUUUCUUUAUAGAAUGCCAUUAUAUACAUUAGAUAAGUGUUUCAACCUUUUUGGGUUGAUAGAGUUGCCAGUUCAAAGGGGCACAUUUUUUUUUUUAAUUUAAGUGAUUAUAUAUUCAUUUCCAAUUAAAUUCAGCUAGUAUAAAUUGGAGUGACUGGAAAAUGAGUCUGACAAGCUGCAGAAAUCCUGCACAGAAUUAGUUUACCAUGUACCUUUCCAUUUCCGUUACAGGGAUUUAGUGUUAUGCAGACAUUCUUAAGGAUCAGAAUGAAUUGAUAAAUGUGUGGCUGCCUAAAGGAAAAUUCAAAUACAGUAGCCUUCCUUGAGUCAAUUGCUGUUACAAAUGGGAGGUAACAUCUCCUCUAUAAUGAAUUGCACCUCCUGAAUAAAAGUGAUCUAGUUAGAAAUCAUCACAACCUUCCAUAUGACAGAGCAUUCAUCAGAAUGAGACUUGCCACACAGACUAAUAAAAUCACAUUUUAUUUGUCUUUUGUUAGGUGUUUUUCCUAAGAAUGUUCUAGUCCAUUGAAAAAACAUAUGUGCAGUUGAACCAGCUUGCUUUUCAGAUAUUUAAGAGAUUCCAGGGGUUUCUACAACCAACAGGAGGAGUUCAAUUACAUUGUCAUCCUGAAGAGAGAACUUUGUGCGUUUGUUAAGCGUAUUAAAGGGGAACAAACAAUUUUAACAAUGUCCUUAUUAGCUUGUAUUAUCUGCAAUGCGGAUUAUGGAUGUAGUGUAGCAGGGCUAUCGGAAUGUAGAGAUUUCAAAAGUUGGGGGUUUUAUCCUCUGACAUAUUUGUGAUUGAAGUAGGAGCUAUUCAUUUGUUAUAGCAUGUUUGCUGUAACAGUUGGGAUUUUCUUUUUUUUUUUUUUUCCUUUUUUUAACCUCCUAAAUUGCACUUGGAAAGCACGUAAAUUAAGACUGACUGCAGAUUAGCGUUUUCAUCACAACGAGUCAUUUCCAGUAUCUUUGCUUGCAACUUCAAUUUUUAAAAAGUACCUCAAAGCAAAUGCUAUGGGGAUAAAGGGCUAGCCUUGGAACCCAUUUAUAUACCAAAAUCAUUAUGGGAAAAGAUUUUAAAUUUAUAAAUUUGAAUAUUGCACACAAAAAUCAAGGUUUUUCUUAAACCUGCCUGAUUUUAUGGUCUUACUAAGAUGCAGUGGGUUUUUUGUGGGGGUGGGGAAGGAGAGAGGAUACAUUCUGCCUGCAAUAAAUUAUGCAGUAAAUGGUUAUAAAAUGUUGUUCCCUUUUAAGAGUUUACACAGGUAUAUCAGACUGUAGUGUUUGUAGUUUAAUUUUCCAUCCAGAAGUGAUUUUUUUAUAUCUACUCAUGCUUUGUUUUGGGGUGUUCUGCUCCUUAUACAGAUUUGGCAGCUACUUCAAGGUAGCAUCAGUGCUGAUUUUAACGCUGCCAUUCCAUUACUUGUCCCUGGUGGGACAUGUACACACCUGAAAACCCAUUAGAGGUUAGAGCCUUUGGUAACUUUAUUUUUUACAAUACGCACUCUUUUUUACUUCCAUGUUUUGUGUUAUAAAUUUUAGGAUUAUUUUGCAUGGAUCACUGUAAACAGAUGACCCCCCCCCCCCAUUUAUUUCCAAUGCCUUUAACGUAACUAUGGUGUUGACUAGAAAUACUUUUAAAAUGUACUUAUGAGCACUUAUUUCAGCUUGUGAAUUUCCAUAUAUUUAUGUAUGGAGCAGAGAUUUACCCCAAACAAACCAUUUGAAUCUGUACUGCUUUGUUCAAGUCUGUUAUUACAAUUCCAUUUGUGUUGUAGGGUUGCAGCAUUGACUCGUCACGUGUUCCAGAGACUGUAGUGAACAUUAAUACAGGCAGUUUAUCCCGUUUAGCUAGUUUAGAGUGAGACUUUUUGUUGUUGUUGUUAUCUUUUUAGUAUGUUUUUUAUGAAAAAGGAGUUGAGGUGUGAAAUGAUGCUGUCUUGGGGAGAAGCUAUAAAGUACAAGUUUUAAGCUUUGCUGUCUCCUGUCUUGUUACCCAAUAAAGUAAAGCUUUGAAACCAUAGGAGAGAACUUUUCAUGAAUGCUGCAUUAAUAGAUUAAUAGUUAAGGAAAGAAUAUAAUGUCCUAUAUAUUUGCUCUAACUUCCUAAAUGUUUUCUUGGAAUCUGUCUCCCAGUAAUACUAUUCCAUAACAUUUAGGCAGUCUCACUUACUUGAGCACUUUUUUCUAAGUUGCAUUAUGGGAUUCAUCUACAAGGGGGGGAAUUACCUUUUUCUUGCAAAAGGUACUGUACCUUCCAGAUGUGAUUGCUGUAACUAAUGGGAGGUAGGAGCAUGUCUCCAAUAGUUUGAUUAGGGGAGUAACCAAAAGCACAGUGUGUUUGGGCAGGGGAUGUAUAUACAACUAUCUUAAUGGUAUUUUGUUGCAAAAAGUAGAAAGCAUGGAUAUAAAACUGGGAUAAAAUCAUAUGUUUAAUAGGGGUUUACACAGCGAGGGUCUUAAGAAACAUUCUCUCCUGCUUUUUAUACUACAUUCCCUAUUUAGAAUUCCUGUACAAAUAUAUACACAUGUACACAGUAUAUGUUUUGCACUGGAGCUCUUCAAAAAAUACUGGGUGUCUAGUGUAGUAGAGAACAUUUCAAAUCAAUCUUCUCUAAAAACUUUUAUGGCAGCUUUAUAUAAUAGAUUUAAAAAAAAAACAAAAAAAACCCUUUAAACAUGGAACUAAAGAUAAAUAACUAUUUCAGCAAUAACAUAAGAGAAGUCCAAGAUGCAUUUUGGUUCUAAUUUCAAGUGUUUCAUUUAAACAAGGUAUUAUUUAGGCUGAGAUUUGGUCCCUAGGUCAGUAAUGUCUGACUUAAGUCUCUUAGAGAGAGUAGCAGCAAAAUAGUUAUGUUCUUGAAAAAGGCUAAUAAUUGGCACCAGAAACUCAUAGGUCUUGUCAGUGGUGUGAUGUUCACUAACAAACACAAGGAAGGAAAUCUAAAGCUGUUCCAGUAUCUUCAAUAUUGUUCAUAAACUUGCUUGAACCAAACAUCUCCAGUUGACAUUUCUGGGAGACAGAGGAAUGCUGUUCAUGGAAGCUUCUUUUUGAGUGUACUAUGCAAGUUUAGUGCUUAAGUGAAAUGAGAGAACGCACACAUUUUGUAAUUUGCCAUCUGCUGUAGUCCUUCCUACUAUGGUCUCACCUACUGAAAAGCCCCCUAAGUACCACCAUGUCUUAGUGUUGUUAGACUAUAGUUCAUGGUACAGAUUUGUAUAUCAGGGUACUCUACAUCAACGAGUCUUUACAGAGCAAUCUGGCUUCUGCAUGGAAGAUGGGCCACUUACAGUAUCUAAGAAAGAUUCAAAUUUUUAAUUUGGAAUAGCUCCCCCAGGGCUUGAACACAGUAUUAUAUGCCAUUAGUCUGGUUUUUAAACAUUACUCUUUUUCUGGGUAGAUUAGUGCAGCGGCCUUUUAAGACCAUUGUAGUUUUAAGUCCAGUAAGGGGGAUAGGAAAAUACUGUGCGAGAGAAACCUUCCACAUAUUAGAACACAAUAAUAGUGAUGCAUCACUUACACCUUUUGGGAAGAGAGGAUGGGUGCUGGGAUUAUUAAUUGGAUUGUAAUUUGAAGUUAAUCAGAAAGUAGCUUGCACAGUUCCUAGUAGAGAAUAGACAGAUCUUCUCCAGCAGGUGUCGCUAUAGGAUAAUUUGUGGAGGGU